CAAACGUCCGUACCAUCUUUUUUCAAAAACCCUUUUCUUCCCCCUUCACUCCUCUCUGACCUAUCUCUUUGAAGUGUCUAUGUGAGCAUCAAUGGCGCCUUUUGUGGAGUCCUAACUCUUUCCUUCACACUCCACGUCUCAUUUUUUAUUCUCUAGGGUUUUGGAGCUAAUUUUAAGCAUUGGAGCAACUACUCGGGCGCAUUCUCAGUGAAUCAUGGAGAAGCGAACCAAUGGUCCCGCUGAGCCUUCGAGCUACGUCGAUGGCAGCACUUCCACAGCUUCUAGCUCUCAUCUACGGCAACCCAAUUAUACUCGCCGAGCUGUUCAGGAAGCCUUGGAGCACUUGGCAUCAAUUGAUCUUAUUGAAUUAUGCAAUGAAGCUAAAGUUGAACGCUGUCGAGCAACGAGAGACUUGAGAAGCUGCGGACGCUGUGUAGAGUCUGCCUUGAACUCUUGUGGACAUGCUUCAUUAUGUACAGAAUGUAGUCAACGUUGUGACCUUUGCCCCGUUUGUAGAAUCCCAAUUGGGAAAGAACAGAAUGGUGUUAGUCUACGUCCUCGCCUUUAUUAUGAAUGCAUAGAUGCUGGCCUUAUAUCAAAAAGAUAUGAUGAUAGAUUUCAAGAAAAGGAAGAAGGAGAAGAGCAGAUAACUGCUGAUGUCUUACACCUGUAUUUGCUGUUUGAUGUGGCUCUGGAGAAUAACUUAGUUUCUUUGAUAUGCCAUUAUGUUACAGAUGUUUGUAUGGAUGAAAGUGCUGUAUCUAGCAAUCCUGUCAUUGCAUUUUUGUUGGAUGAAGUUGUUGUCAAAGACUGGUGCAAGCGGACAUUUGGGAAUAUCAUAAUGGAACUUCAAGAAAUUUAUAAUCUUGAAGCAGCAGAAAUGAAAAUUAGGUUAAGUACAUUUAAGUAUUCUGCUCAGCUGGCUGGUAUAUCCAAUGUGCUUGAAGUUUUAGAGUCAUCCUUCAGGAAUUCUCUAGCAGCCCAGCUUCAUGAUCUGCACCUCCUUCAAGAAAGCAUAUUGAAGACAAAGCAGCAUUUGGAGAUUAUGCUUUGGUGUGUAAGACAUCAGUUCCUUGAGAAUGUCCAGUCUCGUUAUGCUAAUACCAAUGCAUGGCGGAAUCUUGUUCGUGAAAGGAAAUUAGCUGCAAUAAAGCGUUCAUGGCCUGAUGCCAUAAAUAAUUCUGAAGAGUUUGUUAGACAGGAAGGUUCGUUGUUCAUUGAAGAUGCACUGACUAAUCUUGAUAAAGAACAGGGAGAUGCACAAGAUAUGGGGGAGGAAUUAAAAGUUGCAUAUUUGCAGAAGGAUGGAAUUUCAUCAGUUUUCAGGUCUAAGAUAGAGGGGCUUGUAGGAUGUUAUCCAUUUGAAAGUCUUCGAGCAGCCAUUGAUAUGCUAUUUCUAUGUGGUAGUUCUGAUAUGGUGGUGGCAAAGCAAGCAAUUUUUCUCUAUUACCUAUAUGAUCGGCAUUGGACUACGCCUAAUAGCGAAUGGAGACACAUUGUAGAAGACUUCGCUGCUUCUUUUGGCAUCACUAGGAUUUUAUUAUUGGAAUCUUUAAUUUUCUUUCUUUUGGAUGACUUCACGGAUGAGGCUAUGCAGGAAGCGUGUCAUCUGCUUCCUGAGAUCUCAGGUCCAGCCACACAUCCUAAGAUUGCACAAGUUCUAUUAGAAAGAGGAAAUCCUGAUGCAGCUCUUAUGGUUUUAAGGUGGUCUGGGCAAGAUGGUAUUUCACGGUCUGUUCCACUUAGUGAGGCUGUUACUGCUGUUCGGGUUAGGGUAGAGUGUGGACUUUUCACUGAAGCAUUUUUGCAUCAAAGAAUGCUGUGCUCGAAAGUUAGGGAGAAAAAGUACGGGGUAUCUGCAGAUGCACAUGAUGAUUCCAAAGGUGAACAUAAGAGUUGGAAGGAAUGGGUGGAGGUAUUGGUGGCUGAAAUUUGCUAUCUUUGUAUACGAAGGAACAUGGUAGACAGAAUGAUAGAGUUACCGUGGAAUUCUGAUGAAGAGAAACAUCUCCAUAAAUGCCUGUUAGAUUAUGCUAUUGGUGAUCCUUCUUCAACUGUGGGAAGUCUUCUUGUAGUAUUCUAUAUUCAGCGUUACAGGUACUCUGAAGCCUAUCAAGUUGAUUUAAGACUUAAAAUUCUAGAGCAGGAGAUCAUUUCAAAGAAUUCUGUCAGUGAAGAAGUUGUAUCUAGAAUGAGAUCAGUGAGUGGCUGGAGGGAAGGCUUAGUUGAAAAAUGCAUGGCAUUACUACCAGAAGUCCAACAGCAACAAGCAAUGGCUGGAAAAUUGCCUGAAACUGCUGUUAGUACUGGUGAUGAAGUUGAAAUGCCUGCAAAAUCUGAUUUUCCCUCUACCAAAUCUGGUAGUUUAUUAAUCCCUGCAUUAAAUGAUUCCUCUUUUGCUCUGUGGACUGAUCAUACAAGUGCACGGAAGCCCUCAUUUUUUGAAACUCCCUUGAAAGGAGAUGGAUCUUUUGACAACUGUCACUCUAAACUUGAUGGUACUAGUUUAUUUCAAAAUUCUGAAAUGGGACUACAGCCUCAAGUUAGCAAUAGCAAGAAUUUCAAAUUUCAAAUUGGGGACAAGUCAAGUCUUCGGGUUAAGCCUUUAAGUACCUCACCAUCAAAGGACGCGAACAAAACUCCAUCCAGGGUACUUCUAAAUGGCAAUUUCCGGGACAAUCAAUCAUAUGAGCUAUCACCAGAAAUGGAGAAAAACAGAUUUACUACUCAAUUCCUGAAUGGCAGUCCAUAUUCUGGUAGUUUAACAGCUAAUCCAGUGAUUACACCCAGCAGUAACCGUGGCUUGUUUAGAGACUCUUCACAUGACCUACAGCCAAGCGUGUCCAGUAAAAGGGUUCAUCCUGAAAGAGAUGACACACCUUGGAAAGCGACUUCAUCAGAUAACAUCAUGGACGUUUCUUGGAGCUAUGGGCACAAGGAAUUAGCUGCUGAAGACAUAGCUGUCAAUGGUGGACCAAGGUGGAGGUCUGACGAAAUGAGUGAUGAAGAAGACAAUCCUAGUCCAGAGAGAGGCUUGGGAAACAGUCAUCGUACCACCCCAAUGACAGGAGUUAGAAGAAGCAGGAGGAUUGCCAAGAGAUGAUCAUUUCAAUCUGCCUUUGUCUAAUUGACAAAAGCAUUCUUAUCCUGCUAUGAUUCUUCUGGUAUUGUUGGAAAAAAAAACCCUGAAAGUGAAACAGAGCACUAGUUUUUGGAAAAGAAAACUGUGCUGCUGUGUUUGCAGUUUCCUUUCGGAGGGAAAUUAAUCUAGAUCUUAUAGUGUUAACAUCCACUUAUGUCCCGCUGAUAGUUGGUAAAAGAGGUUCCAAUUUUGAUGGCGAUCUCCUUGUAUCGGUCAGGUGGCUGUUGACAGAAAUUUGAGUUUACUAGCAACAAAAGUGUGCAGGAUCGGCUAAAGUUUUGGAUAUGAUUUUAUCUAAUUGCAAUGUUGAGGCAAGCCCAUGCUAUGUUUAAAUUUUCGAUCUUUUGAUAAUUUGUAAUUUAACAAACUUCUGUCGAUCAUAGAGAUUAAAGAAGAAAAUACCAAUAUAUGCUUCACUGAACCAUUGAUGCUCACAUAAUUUUGGUACACA